CCCUGCGUACGCCCUCUUGUGGAGUAUACGUGGCCUAUGGAAGCGGCCAUUUUAUGACGCUAAGUGGCAACCAGCGACGUUGUCAAAUCUCUAAUCAUCGAUUAGGUCCUUGCCUUAGAGGAAGGUUUCACCAUUGCAAUAUGUUCCAAAAUAUUUCAAGAAUCCUUUGUGUGUUACUUGUGUUGAUUUCAAGGGUUGGCUGCGACGAACACGAUCAUUCUUAUGAAGAUGGGGAAGAAGUGGUUUUGUGGAUGAACACAGUGGGUCCGUACCACAACAGACAAGAAACUUAUGAAUAUUUCUCACUACCUUUCUGUCGUGGACCAAAAGAAAGUAUAGGCCAUUAUCAUGAAACUCUUGGUGAAGCCUUGCUGGGUGUGGAGCUUGAAUUCAGUGGUUUGGACAUUGAUUUCAAAGGUGACUUGGAUCGCACAGAGUACUGCACAGUGGACCUUACAGAGGACAAAUACCAGGCAUUUGUAUAUGCUGUAAAAAGUCAUUAUUGGUAUCAGAUGUACAUUGAUGACCUGCCUAUAUGGGGAAUUGUUGGAGAAUUUGAAGAAAGCAGUGAUGACUUUUAUAUCUGGACACACAAAAAGUUCGACAUUGGUGUCAAUAACAAACAGAUUGUGGAUGUCAACCUUACUUCAGAGUCCAAAGUCAAACUAGCACCAAACAUCAAAAUACCUUUUUCCUAUGAGGUCAAAUGGCACCCAUCUCAGGUGAAGUUUGAGAACCGUUUUGACAAGUAUUUAGACCCUAACUUCUUUCAGCAUAGGAUCCAUUGGUUCAGCAUUUUCAACUCCUUUAUGAUGGUUAUCUUCUUGGUGGGUCUAGUCAGCAUGAUCCUGAUGCGUACUUUGCGUAAAGACUAUGCCCGUUACAGCAAAGAAGAUGAUCUUGAUGACAUGGAGAAAGACUUGGGAGAUGAGUAUGGCUGGAAACAGGUUCAUGGAGAUGUCUUUCGUCCUGCAUCACAUGCCAUGCUUUUUUCAGCAUUGGUUGGCACUGGUUACCACAUCUCCAUUGUGUCGCUCUGUGUCAUCAUCUUUGCUAUCAUUGGAGAAUUGUAUACGGAGAGAGGAUCUCUUUUAAGCACAGCAAUAUUUGUAUAUGCAGCUACCUCACCUGUCAAUGGAUAUUUUGGGGGCAGCCUGUAUGCAAGAAUGGGCGGUAAAGUAUGGAUUCGGCAGAUGCUUUUAAGUGCCUUCCUGCUGCCAGCCAUGGUGUGUGGCACAGCCUUUUUUAUAAACUUCAUUGCCAUCUACUACCAUGCUUCAAGGGCCAUUCCCUUUGGUUCCAUGGUGGCUGUGACGUGCAUUUGCAUUUUUGUGAUCCUUCCAUUGACUCUUGUUGGAACUGUGCUGGGGCGAAACUUAGCUGGCACACCCAACUACCCAUGUCGCAUCAAUGCUGUGCCUCGUCCCAUUCCUGAGAAAAAAUGGUUCAUGGAGCCUGCUGUCAUUACAGUGUUGGGUGGAGUGCUUCCUUUUGGGUCAAUUUUUAUUGAGAUGUAUUUCAUCUUUACAUCUUUCUGGGCCUACAAGAUCUACUACGUGUACGGCUUUAUGCUACUGGUCUUUCUCAUUCUAACUGUGGUCACUGUGUGUGUCACCAUUGUCUGCACCUACUUCCUCCUCAAUGCAGAGGAUUAUCGCUGGCAGUGGACAAGUUUCCUUGCAGCAGGCUCUACAGCUGGCUAUGUGUACAUGUAUUCCUUCUACUAUUUCUUCUUCAAAACAAAAAUGUAUGGAUUCUUUCAAACGGCAUUUUACUUUGGCUACAUGGCUCUCUUCAGCUUAGCCCUUGGAAUCAUGUGUGGUACCAUUGGCUACUCAGGAACCAGCUUGUUUGUUCGCAAAAUCUACUCCACUGUAAAGAUCGACUAAAUACCCAGAACUGUUUGUCCACAAAAUAGACUGUGGAGCACUGUGUUACCACUGGUAUCACAUUUGAGGGAAGGUGCUACUGUACCUGCUUUUAUCAGUCUGCAUUGGAAAGCAUCCUUUAUGGCUUGUCAGCCUUAGUUUCGUGUAUCUGCUGUCAUUGAAGUGCCGUCUAGAUGUGGUGCCCUGGUUACUUGCAAUUGACACCGGGACAGAAAGGGACAGCUGUCGGCAUGCCAUCAUUGUGAUUUACACUGUUGUGUCAGGUGGACAAAGCCGUUGGAUCCUCUGUAUCACUUAUUUUUAUGAUACUUGUCACUACCACAUCUUGAUGUGUACAGUCAGCUAAGGAUGAAUGAGACUUGCUGUAUGCACUUUGUUCAUGAGGUGAAGGUUUCUCAAAUCAGCCUGAUGGUUGGAAAAGUACACUGUUUGGAUGGCUCUCUUUUAGACAUGAACUUUGUUUGAACAUAGGGAUCCAAAGAAGCUGAGGCGAUUGAAAUUGUUACCCAGCUAAUGUGGUAAAGAUAUCUUUCUUCUCUCUUUUUUUUUUUUUUUAGGCUCUUUGCCAGUACUAUUUUAUUAAAUAACCGUGUAGGUGCACUGGUAUUGGCCAUUUGCACAGGAAAGGAAUUUUUAUUAUGUUUGCUGUAUCACCCUUAGUUUUUUGCUGUGAAGUGGCAGGUAUAAAAGGGGAUUAUGAGGGACUUUAUUUCUAGGUUUAUUUUAGUCUUGUCUCAAAGUCCACUAUUAUUUUGUCACAUGGUGCUUCGAUAACAUUUAAUACAUUUCUGAAACGAUUCCUAGUAGUUAUAGUAGAUCUUUAAAUAAAGGGCAGACAGGUUGGUAGGAGUGGGUGGGUGUAGAACCCAGCUAUCAUCAUGAUGAUUUUUGAUAUAGAGAGCAUGUGAUUGGGCAAUCUCUUUAAUCUUGGUUUUGCAUCUGGGCUGGGGAAGAAAGAUUUCUCUGUGUUCGAUUCAAAUGUUAGAUUCAAAUCAUGGAUGUCUCCCUUCAUGUUUGAUUUUGUGAUGUGUCUUCAUGUAGAGCACACACACUGAGCUUACCAGGCAGAAAACUGAGCUAUAAAGGUGUGCUGCUAUUGUUUUUCAUGAAAGGUUGAUUUUAUUGUUUCACUCAGUAUGCCAUUUCAAGUUUUUAACAUUAUCUAGCAGUGGGAAGAACAUGUUCAGACUGGACUGACAUCACAGAGUUUCUGUACACUGCCUGCUGCACUUUGUAGAGAAAUACUUAUAAAAGUGAAGGGUCUCUUGUAACGAGUUGUGCAUAUGAAGAGUUUUUGGAACAUUUUUCUUUCCUGUCAUCCUUUGCCACAUUUUCCUAAGGAUGCAAUCUUUGUUUUGUAACAUCCAGUGUCUGUGACUGUGUGAGCACUUUUGUCGGCUGUCAGGAUGUGAUCAUUGAUUAAUGCUGCAAGCUGUAUAUCUUUUGUAUAUUUCACUUUAGUUCUCAAAAUUUCCUGGUUCAGGCUUGCAAGCUUAUGUUGCCUAAGCUGUAAAAAAUUUUUUUUUAAGGAAAGUGCUUUUCCCAACAAUGUUGAGAACUUUCUAUACUUUCUAUUCUUACAGUACAGAGACAUCAUUUUUCUUGUUACCUUCCUUAUAAAAUGAAGAGAAAUGAAUGAGAAAGAAAGUCUUCAGUGUUUAGGUUUGUUAAAUUGUUAGUAUGCCGAUCUGGUUGUUCUGUUAUCCCAGAUAAGGUGAGCCAUUUCUAGUGUUUUGCUUCCAUUGAAAAGAAAUAUAAUGCGUGUAUGUGUGUGAAUGCAUGUAGAGAGAAAGUUCUGUUCUGCUGAUCACAUAGUAUGGCACACUCCUUUGUCAUGGAUAGUUUGCAUACAAAAAAAUUCUUAUAUUGCAUCAGUUAUAUUUCAUAUUUGGAUUGUGUUAUUUUAUCCGUCGCCAUAUCAUUAGUCCUGCUCAUUGUAAGAAAUGCGUAUUACUGAGGAAAAAGAAAUAUUGCUUAACUCCAUACAAAGGUAGAUGUCAUUUCAUCUGUUUUGAGUUUAUAUUGCGUGUACCCUCACAAUGCACAUGCAUUACACAGGCCUCUUUGCAUAUUUCAUUUUUUUUUCAAUUUUAAGGAAUCCAGUUUUUUCUUCAGAAUGUUAUCACCCCAUUUCCUUACUUUAAAGGAAAAUUUGAAACGGCAUGGUUAAAUGCUGCAAAGACAUACUGCAGUUCCAACAAGGCAAUUCAACAGUAACUGUAAUACGCUUUCAAAGCUUAAUGCAGUUUUUAUAUUUCAAAACGACAUCCCUCAAGCUUUAAAGUUGAACAGACAUUGUUGCUGCAGAUGAUUUAAAUCGCAAGAAAAAAUGUUUGUUUUGUAGCUAACUUGUUUUGAUCUUUAUUAGGAAACAUGAGGCAUCGGUUUUUGACAGAUUCAUGGUUAUAAAAUGUCUUCAUAUGUCAACCAAAAAUUCAUGCAAACUGAAAGAGGGAAAAACUUUGGCAGAAUGUCUUAAGGAACAUGACUUUUCAAAGAGAGAUUGUAAAAUUAUUGAUGUCUUUGAUUGACAAAGCAUGAAGGAGUGACUUGUUUGCAUGGGUAGUUGUGCAGAGCUUUAAAUGCACUGGUUAAAAGGAAGGUCACAGAUGGUAGUCUUUAUGGCUUAUUUUGUGUUCAGCUGUUGUUUUUUUUUUUUUUAAAUGUUUGGGGAUGGAUUCUGUUGUGUCGAUCAUUUAAGUUCAUAAUGGGUUGCACUGUAGCAGUGAAUGCAAAUUGAUCAUUUUAGGCUAGCAUGAAAAUAAUUUCUGUACCCUGUGUAGCAUUAUUGGGGUUUCUGUCAUGUCCCUGUACAAAUUACACACCUUUUUCAACUUUCUUUUUCAGUCUGUGGGAAAAGUGUGAUCUGAGUUCAGCUGUACAUGUUUGUAUGUGGCAACAUUUUGACCUAAUUUCAUCAGCUUGUGUCCAUUGACCAUAUGACAAACUGUGGGUGAAAGGUCAUCAUGUUUAGAGGGAAGCAACAUUUUCGUGUGUUGACACUGUGAGUGUGAUUGCAUCAAAUGAGUGUUGUAAAUAUGGCAGAGGGUGUGAAUGUGAGCUCACUAUGGUGGCACAUGUAGACUUCAAGAGCACUUUAUAUAGGGUUUAAAAAAAAUUAGUUUCAUGCUGGUUGAAAUUUUUCUGACUUCUUGUGAUUAAUGGUUGAUAGAAUGGAUGAAGAGUUAAGUUGGCCAACUGCCAGAUUCCAUUGAAUUAUCGUCUCUUGUUGGUGGGUGCAUUGUAUUUAAACAUUUUUUUCUAAACAUUGGAGCUCGUUCUUUGAUAUGAAUGCUUGGGUGAAUUUUCGUGAUAUACGUGGUAUGAACUUGUUUACAGGUUUCUGUUAACUUUCAGCUAGUAUUGUGGCAUAUACUGCCUGUGGUUGACGGAAGACUUAGGUGCCGGUCUCAAUCUUUUGGUCUCUCAGCUUUCUCUCUUUCUGAUAUGUGUAUAUACGUGUAUAUAUACACGUAUAUCUUUCCUGUUGCAUUUCGCAGCUAUUUCACUACAGUGAUGCACUCUUGAUGGUAUGCUCUGUGUCAAACUUGACAGGAAGUGUUAUUAUGGAUGUGAGUACUGUGGUCCACACUUUCAAAUGCUUGAAUAGUGGGCUGUAAGCGACGGACGUGUAAUAUACGUGAAUUGUGUAGAUAAGCUCUUUGAGUGCUGAAAGAUGAGGCAAAUAAUUUCCAAGAUAGUUCUGUCAUCCAUCAACGUUUGUGAUUAUGAAAAUUGUUAUUUAUAGAGAAUCAUUUAAAAUCUGUAGCCAAACCAAGCAAUAUCAACCCUUUAUGCUUCUCCAGAAUGCUUGUCGGGGCUGUCUGCAACGUGCUGUAAAACCCGCACGGCACUAAAGACUGUCAGGCAGGAAGUUACUCAUUUUUGUACAUAUUCUAUAGUAGUAGUUAAGGAAUUAAAGAAGAAAUUGGUUGGCUUUAAGUAUCGAAGUUAACAGCCCAUAACCAACUUCGUCCAUUCGAACGAAGUGUAACUGGGUUGUAUGAUUAAUAAAAAUACCAGUAAAGGAGGCAAGCAGUUUAAAAUUAUAGUACCGUUAACUUUAUUUACCUUUUUUCUAAUAAGUGUUUUGAAAGAAAUGCAUGUAAAUAAGCUUUUGAGUUGAUCAUAAAAAGUGGGGGAAUAUGUUGUGUUUGCCAUCUUAUUUAUAUUACAUAAUAUGUGUAGAAAUUUGCUUUCCGGUAUGGUUGACAAUAUUCUAGAGUCGAGAAAGCAGCUGGCGGAUGUCAGCAAACGGAAAGAGAAGAGGAGGAGUACUUAUAAGGGCUCGUCGGCUGCAAGGAAGUGUGAACACGGCAGUGGUGGUAUUUCUCGCAAACUUGUUCACUAGGAACGGUUCGCAGGUGUCGGUCCAGAUGCGGGUGUAUUUCAUCGUAUCUUGAUGGGGUGGGAAAAGAUACUUUGGUGAUCUGCUUUCCCACUUCUUCUUUUUUUUGUGAUUAUCUUUUGGUUCUUUGGGAAGGGGUUACAGUCUUGCACAAGGAACGAAAUAUCGUGUACCUACACCUAUAGUGCGGGCUGCCAGGCUUUCAACAUCUGUGUACCAUGCUUUUGUUGUAGAAAUCUUCAGUCCUUGUUAAAGUGUAGCGCGCUUCACAGUAGGGUAUGUAGGUGGCACAAACAGGUAUCUCCGUAACAAAUUCGCACACGUUUGCUUUUACUCGGGGCAUUGCAAAGUUUUUCGCGGUAGCUCAUUCUGUAGCUUCUGACACCAAAGGAAGCAAACCGCCAAUCCUGGAAAUAGCUACUAGUUUCAGUUACCCUUGCAGCAGUUUCAGAGUUUGUUCUCAUCACCUUUUAUUUUUUAUGUUAAAUCUUUGUUGUUAAACCUCCAGUGGCGCUUUUCUGCGAUUGUUUACUGACGGCCAUUUCCAGGAAGUUUUAGCAUUUAUUCACAUCAUGGAUGAUUUAUGGUGACAACGUUUUGUGUGUGUGCGAUCUCAGCUGUCCAGGGUCAAAUGGCUAAAGCGUCUUGCCAUGGCCGAAUGCUCGUUUAGAGGAAUCUUGGCAGCAUGACAGUCAUAAGCCUGGAGGCCAGGUAACAGAUGAGAUUCUCGUUGGGAUGUGACGUAACAUAAGCUUGUUUGUGAAAACUCGACUGGCGAACAGACAGCGAGGCUUGGUCUGGCGAGCUCACGGCACCUGCUGGCUGCUAGGAGGUGUCACGCGGUCGUAGACGCGACGUGCUGCUGUGGGCCACACGGCAACUGCACCUGCAGCAUGGAAGAUGCAGGGUUUUCUUGUCUUGGUCUUUCUACCCCACUCCACCACCCCUACCGGAAGGAAACGUAGGCUUGGGUUCCAGAGGUUGUAGUGCUGGUGAGGACGUCGUCAUUGCCCUCAUACGACGUGUACAUUUCUUGUCAUUUUCAUGGAAUCGGAGUGGACGUGAUCGCGUGCGUGCAUGCCUGUGUGAAGCCUGAAAAUAAUGAUUGUUAACUUGUAAUAUGUUAAGAACCAAUAAAGUCUUUUAAA